AUGGUUUUGAAUUAUCAGGCCUUUGUGCAAGUUUUCAGCAAGAAUGUGACUGUUGUCAUCCUGGGCAUCACCAUCAACUACAUCAAUGCCACCAUGAUCUACACGUUCAACAGGCAUCAUAUCUUCAAACUGAACCCUCGCUACAUCCUUUUCAUCCACCUGGUGCUGAACGACAUGAUCCAGCUGACCACCAGCAUCACCCUCUUCGUCGUGUCCUACACCUUGCGCACCAUCCACGUCUACGUCUGUUUACUGUUCAUGGUGCCGGCCAUUCUCACCACACAGAACACUCCGCUGAACCUCGCCUUUAUGGCAGCAGAGUGCUACAUUUCUGUCUGCAUUCCCCUCCGCUACAACUACAUAUGCACAGUCAAAAGAACAUAUGUUGUCAUUGGCACAAUCUGGGCUAUAAGUUCAGCUUCUGUCCUGCCAGAUGUCUUCAUUAUUUUUGCCACUGAACAGCUGGAGUUCUUUCACACCAGAGUGUACUGCAAUAGGGACACUACGUUUAGGAGCAGCUACAGUAAAAGCAAGAGGGAUGUGUCUCACAUUGUGUUACUGGUGGUGGUUUGGCUCACGCUGUUCUACGCUUACUUCAGAAUUUUGUUUGUGGCCAAAGCUGCUAAUGCAGAAGCUAAAAAGGCGAGAAACACCAUCCUGCUCCACGGGUGUCAGCUGUUGUUGUGCAUGGCACUCUAUGUGCAGCCGAUGCUCAUUCAGGCUCUCGCGCUUGCAUUCCCUGCAGGGUUACGUUACACAAACUUCCUUUUGUUUAUCACGAACCAAGUGCUUCCUCGCUUUGCAAAUCCAAUUAUCUACGGGCUGCGCGACAAGACCUUCAGAAAGUAUUUUAAAAGAUAUCUGUGCACAGUUAAAAGCCAUUCAAAGAUAUCACUGAAGGUGUCUUAA